CAUGCAAAUAAAUGGAGUUAUUAUAAUUAGAUCUUCUCAACUGGCGGUGUAAAAGUAAUAAUUAAUUAGAAUAGUUGGAAUGAAUUUAAGUAUAAUAAUAUUUAAAUUAUACAAAUAUGUAUAUAUUUUCGAAGCUUUUAUAGCACAAAGUUCCAAAACAAAUAAAUACAAGUUUAGUUGAAGUUAAAAGUAGUAUUUGAAAGCACAACGGCUGAGUGCAACUCACAAGAAAAUAAAAAAGUCUACUCCUGACAAAGUACUUUUUAAUAAUCAUUUUCUUUGUUGAACAAACAAAGCUACUUUUGAUUUUCCUUUUUUUGGGGAACAAAGUAACGGCUUUGUUUUUAAUAGCAAACUGCAAAUUAUAUAAGAAUUUUAUUUCUUGGAAAUAUUCUUUCAGUUGCCAAGCUUUUAUGAACAAAUGUAGGAAAUUGUCUAGGUUUACAGUUUUUAAUUUGAUUCCUAUGUCGUUAUUAAAUAAAGUAAAAAUGGUGAUAUUUAAUUUCUGUAUUUGCGACAAAUUGUAAUUGAAAUUCUGUACAAUUUAAAAAUAUGCCUUGUCAGCUCAUUCGACCCCACAGGAUAUUAGUUAAAUAUUUUAUUAUUACAUUUUCUCUUCGGAAAAGUUAAUAUAAAUUUUCGGAUAAUAAUAUCUAAUAUUAGAUCCUAUUAGAACACAAGCGGUACAUUUGCCGGAACAAAGACGCAGAUAUUCCUUAAUUGGAACGAUAACGGAAUUCCCCGGAUAAAAUCCUUGUAACCUCCCAACUCCCACAAAGACAUUCUCCACCAUUAAUCCGUUGUCACUUAUGUCACAUUGUAGUCUGACAAUUCAGUUGAUAGCAGUGCAAUGCUAUUCUCACGUUUUGAAACCAGAUUUACUGUUGUCAUUGUUGAAGAGCUUUUAAUGGACUUUUUUAACAGGUCGGCUCUUUUUACGAUAUCUCCGAUAACAAUGUCUGUGUAAGGUAAUUAUUUGACGAAUGGAAUUAAGUUAGAAUUCUGUUAGCUGUGGUAUUCAUUUAGGUAAUUUUUAAAAUAUUUUUGGUAUAAAUUGCACCAAUAACAAUCACACAAUAAAUUAAUUUAAUAAAUCGAUAAAAAAUUAAACAAAUAACUCCAUAGAUACGAGUAGCACUGAAAAUCUAUUUUAAGCCAGCAAAGAGAAGAACGCAAACAAAAAUUAAUGGGCCCCAUCUUCGACAGACCAUAUUCUUUGUGACACAACAAGUAACCUAUGACUACCAAUGUUUUGAAUAUGAAGGUUUUGUUUUAACGACAAUGACAGUAUGACAAUGGAUAUCAUUUUAUUGACGUUUUGAUUAAAGUGCAGUAAAUUAUUCGACCAUCAUGAUCCUGUAUGCAUGGGGUGCCAAUAAUUGUGGCCAGUUGGGAUUGGGUUACGAGUCUGGACAAGAGUUAGAGCCAAGAGAGGUCGACUUAAGUAACGCUAACCUUAAAGCGGAAAACAUUGUUUCGAUAACUGGCGGAGCUGUUCACACGCUAAUGUUGGACAGCGAAGGACACGUCUAUUGCUGCGGAUUCAAUUCCAAAGGUCAGUUGGGAUUGUCCGGCGAUAGUCUCGAAUUUAAAGUGAUCGAAAUACUGAAGGGUUACAAGAUAGCUCAGAUCUCUUGCGGAUGGGAGUUCAGUACUGCAAUAUCACAAUGUGGAAAGCUGUUCGUGUGGGGCAGCAACGGUCACACGCAGCUGGGACUGUCAAGGAGCAUUGUUUGCACUGGUAUCCCUUCGAGGUUGCAUAUUUCGCAACUGGCGAGUGGAAUCAAACAAGUGAGUUGCGGACUGCGACAUACAGCAAUGAUUACAAUGAAUGGGGACCUUCUGGUUGCCGGAACUGGUUCCAGUGGUCAAUUGGGUUUGGGUGGAGAUUUCGAUGACAAUUAUCCGUACACCAUUUCUAAAGUGCCGAAUGUGGAGGAUAUUGCUUGCGUUGCUGCUGGUAAACAUCACACAGUUUCGCUUAAAAAAGAUGGAACUGUGAUCAGUUGGGGUGAAAACAUCCAUGGACAAUUGGGAAUUAAUCCGAUUGUUUCUAACAGUUAUAUUCCUAUGGAAGUUUAUAAAAAUAAGGAAUUCGAUGAGAUUUAUGCCGGUUGGACACACACUGCGGCCCUAACGAAGAAAGGGGACGUCUUUACCUGGGGACGUAACACUUUUGGACAACUAGGAUCAUUCAGAAGUAACAUACACAAACCGGAAAAAAUUCCGAAUUUGUCGAACAUAGCUCACCUCAGUUUGGGAUCUGAACACAACGUAGCGGUAACAAAAGACGAUAGGCUUUUCACUUGGGGUUGGAAUGGACAUGGUAUCUGUGGUAACGGCAAUAUGGAGGACGUUUUGCAACCUACUCAAAUUUUUCCCAAUCGUAAAGUUAAAUUAGCAUUUGCAUGCACUACCAGUACUUUUGCUAUUGUUGAAUAGAUAGCUUAACUGGCUUUAAUUAUUGUCGGCUCCUAAAAAAACAAAAAUAUGUAUGUAUACAUAAUCAAAUAAGUAUAAAAUAUUACUAAUUAACAUGUACUUAUUAUUAAUAAAAAAUAAAGUAUAAAAAUAUG